UUACAUCCUCAAUUCACAUACGAUUGGUUCGAAAAUUCUAGCAAACUAGUGAGCGGGUCCCACUUCCCUUCUGCCCAUGGUCCAAUUUCACCGGCGCCCGCCGCCAAUUCUCAGGCCUUCCCCUUCCCCAAGUCUCCGUCACCAGAAAUUUCAAAAUCCCAUCACCUCUGCCGUAAACUUCUCGCAAAUUCCAUUGCUUGCUCGAGUGAAAUACCCUAGCGAUGGCCGCGAGACUCGCCCCCCGCCUCAGAUCUCAACUCCUCCACGCCGCCGCCUCGACAUCCCUCCGAUCCUCCAUCUCCGUCUCCGUCACCAGAUCCCCUCCCCUCAUCUUCACCCCGCUCUACGAAGUCCCCAACGUUCAAUUCGACGCCAGCUCGAUCACCGCCCUGCGGCUCCUCUCCACGGCCCGGCGCGGCCCGACCCGACCCAAGCAGGUUGACAUCGGGGCCCGCGCCCGGCAGCUCCAGAACCGCCGCCUCUGGACGUACGCCCUGACGUUCAGCUGCUUAGCCGGUUUCAUCGUCAUCGUUCUUAACCAAUUCCAGGACCAGUUGGUGUUCUAUGUGACGCCGACCGAUGCCAUGGAGAAGUACGCCGCGAAUCCUUCGAAGAACAAGUUCCGAUUGGGCGGGCUGGUCCUAGAAGGCUCCGUCGCGCAGCCUGCUUCCUCGCCUGAGAUGGAGUUCGUCAUCACGGACUUGAUUACCGAUAUCUUGGUCAGGUACCAGGGUUCAUUGCCGGAUUUAUUCAGGGAAGGGCACUCGGUGGUGGUGGAGGGAUUCGUGAAGCCCAUCACCGAUGACAUCAGGAAGGAAGUGUCUGGGAGGAGUGUUUCAGGGAAAGCCAGAACCGGGGAUUGCUAUUUUUCGGCAACAGAGGUUCUAGCAAAGCACGACGAGAAGUACAUGCCGCAGGAAGUUGCUGCUGCUAUAGAGAAGAACAAGAAGAUGCUCGAAGCGGGGGAAGGCUCUGUUGCGGGAGUUAAGGCAUCGUGAAUUUUGUUGCAGUAUAUUCUGAGUUUUCCUAUUGCCAGAUAAGAAGAUGGAAGCAGGGGAGGAUAUAGUCCUCUGGAGAUGAAGAGACAUUCGUUAUCAGUUGUCGGGUAAAAUUUGACCAGUGAUCUACAAUAAGCAUUAACAAUUCAUUCAAUUCUAACUUACUACCGUUAUAGCAUGUUCUAAAAUUGCUUGUGUAGUGCAAAAAGAGUAAAGAGAAAACGAUUAGCGGUCGGGAAUAGUUCGUGAGUUUUAUAGUAGAUGUCUAGGAGGAUGAAAUGAAGUUGUUCUCUUGUGGAGGCAAGAGGACAUUUUUCCUACAUUGUCAAUCACCAAUUUUGUUGUUGUAAUUCGAAUUCGACCCAUUGUUACCUUGACCAAGUCAGUCAGGGUGAGGACCAUUUGUUUGCAAUAAUAAAUCCACGGAGCAUUUCCGAUAUUAUCCA